AUGUCACUAACGCCGGUCGACUCGCUCGCGUCUGACGACGACGACCAUUCCACAGUGGCCCCAGCUCCAGGUCGAACCCGCGCUACUCGCUCUCAAUCAGUCAAGAAACAACCCUCGCGACCAAAGACAACCUACCAAUUAGCUCACCCAGCGUCGCAUGCGCGUCAUCGGCGCUUGAAAUUUCGGCCGAAGCUCCUUCUGCAGUUGCAGCGAGUCUCCCCGUCAACACGCCCGCUCCCGAUCUUGGAUGUGUUGCCAUCGACGGUGUUCCUGCCGCGGCUAGCUCGCAGGUUCCCGACGAUCUUCCGGGGAAAGAAAGGCCUGGGACCGUACGAUUUGAUCAUCGUGAUGAGUGACUUGUAUGAACGGACGCCCGGCGACAUUGCGAGCAAGUAUCUCGGCCCGAACGACGAGGACAACGAGCACCGCGAGGUUGUCGCGACCAUCUGCCAAAUGCCCAAGGAGGAUGGGGCCCUCUCUCAGGGUAAGGCAGAGAUCUGUCUGAUCCAGGGACCGGUCUGGGAGGCGACCCCCCUUGCAAACGGCUCGUAUGAGUUCAGAGCCAACACCGAUCAGGGAGUGCAGGUUUUGCGGUGGGUUUCCCGCGGCGGAAAAUCCCGUCGGGUGUCUGCGCCUCCAGGCUCUCCCUUGCAGGAAGAUGCCAAACGGUUUACAUUCAGUGUGAUUGACCCCAACACGCGUCGUCAUCCAGUCAUUGCGGCCAUGACACGCAAUGUCCUCGAGGUGUAUGACGAGUAUUCAACGACGUUCCCCCAAGGCGACCUCCCUACGACGCCCACUUGUGGUAUGUCCGUGGUCAGCGAUUCUUCCGAGUUGGAUACUCCUGUGGAUCGAGAUAUGGUGAAAACGGGUGACGAUCUUCGGGCCAUCAUUAUCAUCACGUCCAUAUGGGUCGCGUUCAGAGAGGGCUGGUCGCGAAAUUUCACUUACGACGAUACGGUGCUGUCGCUGAAUUCCAAAGCGAUUUGUUCGCCUGCCGCAUCCCGUCAAAGUUCACCGGUAGCCGUGCGGGGAGCGGAUGAGCUGCUGUCCGAGGACAGAGACAAGUAUCCCGAUGGUCCUUCGCUGAACAGUAUUCGAAAUCGACUCCCCGGCUCAACUACAUUCCCUUCUCAUUCAUCAAAUUCAUCCGAGUGGGCCAGAUCAACGAAGUACGCCAGCCUGCCGCGACGAUCCAAGUCCACAGGAGCAGCAUUCAUCGAGCGGUCUAACCGACGGAGCGCGUCGGCGUCGGAAAACCAACCGCAGAGACACAGCAUGCUUCCCAUCGCGCAGGAAUCGGAUCGAGCGGUAGCCGAGGAUCCCCGUUCUUCUCGGGGGUUGUCUUCUCCUUCUCAGAGUGUCGACCCGAGAGAUACAGGGAAGCCAGACCGAGCGAUCGACAAGCCUGCCGUAUCAACCGGUCGGUCCCGAAAACAAUCGACCGCGUCCACCGAGAAAAGCAACAAACCGCUUGGUUCCCAGGGCGUAGACCCAGCGCCCUCGAAGGGAAAACGACGCCAUCGCUUCAGCGGCUUCUUCGACUUUUUCACGAGGAAGAGCGGACAUCCCUAG